AAAAGCUCGGCGCAUAAAUGCGGCCAUCCCUUCCCAUACCCUCCGCUUCUCUCUCAACAGCACCACCAGGCCGACGAAACCUGGGAGAAGAGGAGGGAAGAGAGGGCGAUCGAAGCAACACCAAGGAAACAGUUGACUCCAAACUCCAUUGUCCGCUGCGUUUAGCGGCCGAAGGUUGAGGAGGGAGGAGGAGGGGAUGGACUCUUACGCGAUACACUUGGCGAUGGCGGCGCUUGUCGGCGCGUCAUUCGUCGCUGUCUCCGCGUACUAUAUGCACCGCCGAACGCUAUCGCAGCUUCUCGAGUUCGCUCGCAAGGUUGGCCAUGAGAGCGGCAGCGACAGCGAGCGAGAGGCUCACUCUCAGGGCUACAGGAAGGUUGAGAAGCGGAGGCGGGGUCGGAAGUCCGCUCCCUCCUACCGCCGAUCGUCGGCCUCGUUACCGGAUGUUAGCAGCAUGGCAGACGGGGGUUACCAUCUGGAGGCCGGUAUGGAGAAGAAGCUCAAUGGACCUUUAUCUGUUGAGGAUGGUGGGGUUCUGCAGCAGCAGCAGCAGAGGUCCUCUUCCGCUGCUGGCUUCGCCAUUCCGGCCGGCCUGCCCCGCCUGCAGACGCUUCCGGAAGGCUCUGCUAAAAGAUCUGGUUCUGUCAUCAGGCCUUCGUCUCCCAAGUCUCCUGUUGCUAGUGCUAGUGCCUUUGAGAGUGUAGAGGGCUCUGAUGAGGAUGAUGAUGUGCCUGAAAAUGGAAAGCUGGAAAAUCACUAUGGCCAUGUGAAUGGAAAUGUGGAAUUAGAAGGUCGGGCACCGUUUUUAGCAAUGUCAGAUUCUGCUAUGGCCAAUGGAGACCAGAAACCCAUUGUUUCAGCUAGCAUGAUACGAUCUCAUAGUGUGUCUGGAGACCUUCAUGGUGUGCAGCCUGAUCCGGUGGCGGCAGAUAUUUUAAGGAAGGAACCAGAACAGGAAACUUUUGUUAGACUAAAAAUCUCUCCAAACGAGGUUCCAUCAGUGGAUGAAGAGGAGGUCUACCUUUUGCUUCAAGAAUGCCUUGAACUGCGUGAGCGUUAUCUAUUCAGAGAAGAAGUUGCUCCAUGGGAUAAAGAAGAGAUUACAGACCCAAGCACACCUAAGCCAAACCCUGAUCCCUUUGCAUAUUCGACAGAAAAGAAAACAAAUCAUCACUUGGAAAUGGUCAAUGGUGUGGUUCGUGUCUAUGCAAACAAAGACUCUAAAGAUGAGUUAUUCCCUGUUGCUGAUGCAACAACCUUUUUUACUGAUCUUCAUCGAAUAUUACGAGUUAUUGCACUAGGCAAUGUUCGGACCGUAUGCCACAGACGGCUUGAACUACUUCAGCAGAAGUUUAAUCUUCACUUAAUGUUGAACGCUGAUAGAGAAUUCCUAGCACAAAAAAGUGCACCUCAUCGUGACUUUUAUAAUGUCCGAAAAGUUGAUACCCAUGUGCAUCAUUCAGCAUGCAUGAACCAGAAGCACCUUCUCAGAUUCAUCAAAUCGAAGUUGAAGAAGGAGCCUGAUGAGGUGGUUAUAUUUCGUGAUGGGACAUAUUUGACAUUACAAGAGGUGUUCGAGAGCUUGGAUUUGACAGGAUAUGACCUUAACGUGGAUCUGCUAGACGUACAUGCUGAUAAGAGUACAUUUCAUCGAUUUGACAAGUUUAAUCUUAAGUAUAAUCCUUGUGGCCAAAGCAGACUUAGAGAAAUCUUCUUGAAGCAAGAUAACCUUAUUCAAGAUGAAAAUCAGGAUUUUGUAGAAAAAAAGGGUUUGCAUCAAAACCAGGCCUUGAACAGGCCAUUGAUUUUUGGCAAACAAAUUUUUGGUCGUUUUCUUGCUGAACUGACUAAGCAAGUGUUCUCUGAUCUUCAAGCAAGUAAAUACCAGAUGGCAGAGUACAGAAUAUCCAUAUACGGGAGAAAGAAAAGUGAGUGGGACCAGCUAGCAAGUUGGAUUGUGAAUUACGAACUAUACAGUGAAAAUGUUGUGUGGCUAAUCCAGCUCCCAAGGUUAUACAAUGUGUACAAGGACAUGGGAAUUGUAACCUCUUUUCAGAACAUUUUAGACAAUAUUUUCCUUCCCUUGUUUGAAGUUACUGUUGAUCCAGAUUCACAUCCUCAGUUGCAUGUCUUCUUGAAGCAGGUUGUUGGAUUUGAUUUAGUUGACGAUGAAAGCAAGCCAGAAAGGCGUCCUACUAAGCACAUGCCCACACCAUCUGAGUGGACAAAUAUAUUCAAUCCUGCCUUUUCAUACUACACAUAUUAUUGUUAUGCAAAUCUUUACACUCUCAAUAAACUUCGAGAGUCGAAAGGAAUGACGACCAUCAAACUACGUCCACAUGCAGGCGAGGCAGGUGAUAUUGACCAUCUUGCUGCCACAUUUCUCCUUUCACACAACAUUGCUCAUGGAAUAAAUCUGAGGAAAUCUCCUGUCCUUCAGUACUUAUAUUAUCUUGCACAGAUUGGCUUGGCAAUGUCUCCUCUAAGCAACAAUUCCUUGUUUCUUGAUUAUCAUCGGAAUCCUUUUCCCAGUUUUUUCUUACGUGGACUCAAUGUCUCACUCUCAACUGAUGACCCCUUACAAAUCCACUUAACCAAAGAACCGUUGGUCGAGGAAUACAGUAUAGCUGCCUCGGUUUGGAAACUAAGUUCAUGUGAUUUAUGUGAGAUUGCACGGAACUCUGUGUACCAAUCAGGGUUCUCACAUGCACUCAAAUCUCAUUGGAUUGGAAAGAAGUAUUAUAAACGAGGCCCAGAAGGAAAUGAUAUUCACAAGACCAAUGUCCCUCACAUCCGAGUAGAGUUUCGUGACAUGAUCUGGAGAGAAGAGAUGCAACUAGUUUAUCUAGGGAAGGCUAACUUGCCCGAGGAAGUGAAUGCAUGAACAGCAAUUCCACUGAUUUAGUGGCCACACGACGGUUACAAGGGCUUUACUAUUCUCCCCAUUUUACCUCAUGGGUCUUUCAUACGUUGGUUAAUUCCUCCUGUUCGACUCAACUCAAGGAUUCCAUGAACGUAAACUGGAAAUUUAAGAGGAGAGACAGUGGAGGUUGCUUUUGACAUGUUGAAUGAUGGAUGGUGGACGUGGCAUUCUCAAGCAAGGGAAGAAUGUCAGUCAAGUUGGCUUGCCUUAACAGAAGGGAUACAGGUAUUUGGGGACUCAUCGUCACUUUACCGCCUGGUGUAUAGCCCUGUUAUUGGGGUAUAAUUUUGAGAAUAAGCAUCAGUCUAAUUCAUAGGGGUAUACUUUUGAGAAUAAAUAUUAGUAUAAUUCACAGGGGUGUGCUUCCAACAGCAAGAUGGCUUGUUGUUUUGUAGUAUUUUAGAAUCUGAAUUUUUAUAUAACCUACCAUGGUUUCUAAUUUUUUCA